AUGGGCAAAAUUCAACUCCCCCCUUCACCGUCGCUCCCGCCCACCUCCGGCCCGUCUGCCUCGGCCGACGACGAUCUCGACCUCCCCACCUACGACGAAGCCGCUGCGAACCCGCAGCCUUCAAUCCAGCAGCCAUACCGCGACAACCCCCUCGCACCCCCAGAACGCGACCACACGAUCCCCGGCGGCAUCCCCUACCUCAGCGCCCGCCAAAACACCCGCCUCUCCAACGCCGCCACCGUCCUCCCCAGCUUCUCCUCAUCGAUCGACACGCUCGAGAACUUUGUCGAGCGCCAGAUCCGCCUCCCGCCCCGGCCCUGCCUGAUCAUCCGCGGAACACACAAUGAGUCCCGGAAGAGCGGCAACGAGACCAAGAGCGAGACCGUCACCGACUUUGACUUCCGAAUCGAUCUGACGCGCACGCUGCUGAGGUUGUGUCCGAAUGGCGAGGCCGCGCCCGAUAGUAAUUGGUCGUAUACGGCGGUUAUUAGUGAUAAUGACGGGUUGAAGGCGUAUCGGGGGACGAGGUGGAAGACGAGGAAGAGUAAGACGAAGAUCGGUCGCAUUGCGUUGCCGGAGAGGGAUGGGGACGCGCAGAGCGUGGUUGAUAGCGACGAGGGGAAUAGACUCAUGGCUAUCGAUGUGGAUUUGGAGAAUGGGGAGGCUAUGCCUGGACUCAGGGGCUGGUGUGAGCGGUACUGCAAUGAUCCCGCGUCUGUGAAAUCCUUCACCUACCGCCGCCACCUGCACGGCUUCAACCUCGAACCGAUGCGCAAAUCCCUAACCGACCACAUCCGGUCCACCGGCUACCAAGGCCACAUAAGCAUAACACACACUCUCUCCAACGGGCUCGUGACAAUCUACUCCCCGCACUGGAUCAACACCGCCCGCAACAACCGAUUCGUCUACUGGCUGUGCAUAAUCCUGCAACUGUGGAUCCUCACCUGGCCCGUAAUCUGGAUAAUGGAACGCCGCUACGACAUCGUUCGCUCGGAGUGGUAUUCGUCACGGUGUGUCUCGGAUCCCACCCCCGAGAAUCCCGGGCGCGGGAAGAAGAUCUAUGCCGGUGGAUUCGACGAGGCUACUGCGGCGGAGAUGUGGGCGCCUGUUGUAAGGGAAGCGGCGUUUCAGGGGAGAUGUAAUGGGGAGUUUCUUGGUGGCGAGGAGAUCGAGCAGCUUAGACGGCAGGGGGAGGAGAGGAGGCAGGCGAGGAAUUCCCAGGCGGGGGAUUUGAUUAGUCGCGGGCAGUCGGCGCUGAAUAUUAUGGGGAUUAGGAAUAUUGGUGGGGUGAAUGUUACCGGGGCGUGGGGCGGGGAUCGGUCGAGUGCGAGUAGUUCGAGGUUUAGUAUUCGGAUGGGAUAG